AUGGCGACCCUGAGGACCGUUUGCCGGGCGCCUCUGAGGCAGCUUUGCCCCCGCUCGUCGUUCGCAAUUGCUACAAACCAUCCCAGACUGUCACCGCGCCAGUGGCGGGGCUACGCUUCGUCGGCGGACAGCCAGCACAAGCUUCUGUCCCAAAACCUCGAGGACAUCGACCCGACCGUCUACAAGAUCAUCGAAAAUGAGAAGAACCGCCAGAAGCACUUCAUCAACCUCAUUCCCUCGGAGAACUUCACAUCGCAAGCCGUUCUCGAUGCACUCGGCAGUGUAAUGCAGAACAAAUACUCUGAGGGCUACCCUGGAGCACGAUACUAUGGUGGCAACGAGUGGAUCGAUGAGGCAGAGAGGCUCUGCCAGCAAAGAGCACUCCAGGCCUUUGGUCUGAAGGAAGCAGAAUGGGGUGUCAACGUGCAGCCCCUCUCUGGUUCUCCUGCGAACCUGUACGCUUACUCCGCAAUCCUCAAUACCCACGACCGCAUCCUCAGUCUCGACCUGCCCCACGGCGGCCACUUGUCGCACGGCUACCAGACACCCACCAAGAAGAUCUCUGCAGUAUCCAAGUACUACGAGACGCUUCCAUACAGGCUAGAUGAGAAGACUGGCCUCAUCGACUAUGAACAGAUGGAUUUCCUGGCGAACCUAUACCGCCCGAAAGUCAUUGUUGCGGGAACAUCCGCCUAUAGCCGUCUGAUCGACUACGAGAAGGUUCGGAAGAUUGCAGACAGUGUCAACGCUUAUGUACUUGCGGACAUGGCCCACAUAUCAGGGCUGGUCGCUGCUGGCGUUAUUCCUUCUCCCUUCCCGUAUGCUGAUAUUGUGACCACCACGACUCACAAGUCCCUACGCGGUCCCCGUGGCGCUAUGAUCUUCUACCGCAAGGGCGUCAGGCGGGUUGACAAGAAGGGCGUCGAGGAGAAGUAUGACCUCGAAGGUCCGAUCAACAUGUCGGUGUUCCCUGGACAUCAGGGUGGCCCUCACAAUCACACCAUCACGGCGUUGGCUGUCGCGUUGGCUCAAGCACAGACAAAAGAGUUCAAGGACUACCAGCAGACCGUACUUACAAAUGCAAAGGCCUUCGCGGAGCGACUAGGCAACUCCAAGGAGGAGGGAGGUCUUGGGUACAAGAUCGUCAGCGGUGGCACUGACAAUCACCUCGUCCUCAUCGACUUGAAGGACAAGGGCGUCGAUGGCGCUCGCGUUGAGCGCAUCCUUGAGCUGGUCGGCGUCGCCAGCAACAAGAACACCGUUCCUGGUGACAAGUCCGCCAUGAAGCCCGGUGGUCUGCGCAUGGGUACGCCCGCGAUGACCACGCGCGGCUUCCAGGGCGAGGACUUCAAGCGCGUUGCUGAUGUCGUCCACCGUGCUGUCGGCAUCACGCAAAAGCUUGACAAAGAGGCGAAGGCCAAGGCUGAGAAGGACGGCAGGAAAGCCCCCGGCAGCGUUGCCGCGUUCAAGGAGUACGUGGGCGAAGGUGAGGAUAUCACUGACAUCGUCUCGCUCCGCAAGGAGGUCGAGGACUGGGUUGGCACUUUCAGCCUUCCCUGGGUGAAAAACCCUUAG